AUGUCGACCAAGACAUAUCUUGCACUCCUCUCCACAUUCUUUGCUAUCUUUUCACUCACAUCUGCCAACCUUGAUGCCUCGCAUGGCGUGAGCCACUUUUCGCGACACAAGCGUCUCGGACGGCAACUGCACUCUGCAGACAAUACUACACUCGGAGACGCGACUGUGGUACCAGCCGCGACAACGUCUCCUGUCCCUGAAGCUUCGGAAGCUUUCAAGCAAUCGGUCCCAGUAAAUGAAACCGCCGCACCGACCUCCGUUCCCAAUGUCUCUGCGCCGGCGCAGCCUGUGGACUCUGGGACGUCGUCAGACAUAUCUAGAAUGAGCACUCGCCGCAUUCAAUCCGUUAUCGACGGUCUAAGUGAUGGUGCCAACAUUGAGCGGGUAGCAACCUUGGGCAGUUGGCUCCUUACGCUCGGGGCCGACGGCCAGUGGCCUGCUGCCGAAGUUGAUUACACGAGGGGCUGCGAGGCGCAAAGGGCGAACUGGCCUAUUCAAGAACAUUGGCGGCGCAUACUCGUCCUUGCUGGUGCUUGGCACGGAGGCCUCAAAGGGACCGAACAAUACGUAAAGAGCUCUGACGUUCAUGCUGCGAUCAGCCGUGCUAUGGACUGGUGGUUUGCCAAUGACUUCACCACUCCAGAAUGCAUCGACAAAGGUGGUAAUGCUGCUUGUCCGUGCGAGACUCCUGGCUUAUGGAACCGUAAUUGGUUCUCCAACAUCAUACUAAUUCCUGAACUCGUGGCCCAAACGUGUCUACUACUCAACGACAGCUUAACGUCCUCCCAAGCUUCUUUCUGCUCCUCCAUUUCCCUGCGCUCCUACAAUACAUUCACGCGCAGGCCCACCUUCCUUACUGGGGCAAAUACACUGGAUGUCGCCAAGAUUGGCAUAGAUCUGGCCAUCUUAACUAGCGACUCGUCUCUCCUGGCUGAUGCUUAUAACCGAGUACACUUGGAGCUCGUCAUACAGGAUCAACCCAAGGCCGAUGGCAUUCGCGCGGACGGGAGCUUCUCCCAACAUCUUGGCUUGGUCUACAAUGGUAACUACGGCAAGGACUUCGUGGUUGAUCUCCUUGGGUUUGAGCUGCUAGCUGCGGGCACACAAUUCGCUGCAAACUCUGAACAGCAAGCUACGUUCGCAACUCUCUUUGACGGCGGCGCGUGGAUGAUCUACCGCAACGCCAUCACCGAUAUCAACCAUUGGGACUUUAGCGUCUUGGGCAGAUUCAUCAGCUUCCACGUCAAAGAUGCCCAGCAAGUCUACGCCUGGGCUUCGAGUAGCAUUAAGAUCCCUUUGCCUGAAGUUCAAGCACUCGGCGAGCAGUGGAAGAACGAUAUUUUAAAGAAGUUCGCUUCGAGUUUGUCUACAAAGACGGACAACGCCAAUGCUGGUCAGCUCUACGGAAAUCGUAUGUUCUAUGCAAAUGAUUACAUGGUCCAUCGCGGCAAGAACUACGUCACCACUACGAGAAUGUAUUCGAACCGUACCAUCAACUCGGAGUGCGUGAACUCGCAGAACCCUCUAGGAUUCCAUCUUUCCGACGGUACGGUCUACACGCACAUAAAGGGGAAUGAAUACGAGGAUAUUGCGGCUUCAUGGGAUUGGAAUCUCAUUCCGGGGACCACUGUCGACUAUGCCGUCACCCCAUUGCACUGCAAUACCACUAAGGCUACCGGAGUUGAAGCAUUCGUUGGUGGUGUUACCACAGAGCAAGUCGGUAUAGCUACUAUGCGCUACACGAACCCUGUUGGCGCUUCACUCAAGUGGCAGAAGACUUGGUUCUUCCUGGACAACGACAUCCAGCUCGUUAUGGUUUCUGAUAUUUCCUCGACCACCAAUGCCUCCAUUCGCACAGUCCUCGACCAAAGACGCCAUGAGGGAGAGAUUAUUGUCAACGACGUAGUACAAGCAUCUGGCAAGUCAUAUGUACCUGGAGCGCUCUCGCUAUGGCAUGGAAAUGUGGGAUACGUGUUCCCCGAGUCGACCGCCUUCCAACUGCACCUUGACGUAGGAGAGAAAAGCGGAAAUUGGUCGACUAUCGGAACAUCCUCGCAACCCCCAUCCACCGUUGAUUUAUUCGCCGCCUUCCUGGAGCACAAUGACCUCAACGCACCAAUCUCCUAUAUUGUGCUACCUGGGGUGGACAAGGAUGCCUUCGCUAAGAAGAUAACUUCUCUCCCCAUCGAUAUUGCUCAGAACGACAAGCACAUCUCCGCUGUAUACGAUUCGGCCAACGAUGUCAUAAUGGCCGUGUUUUGGAACGUAAACGGAGGCACCGUAACCGUCAAGCCCAAGGGGUGCACCCCCAUAACCAUUACUUCUGAUGGAAAUGCGGCUUUGGUGUUCAACCACAAGGAUGGGAAAAUCACGGUCGCCGAUCCUUCGCAGAGUUUGGAACGACUCAACAUCAGCAUCAAGGUCCACAGAAAAAGGAAGCUCUUGCCAGAUCUUAUACCACAUACGAGGAAGAUCACCUUUGAGCUUCCUUCGGGUGCAUUCGCUGGCAGCAGCACCACGAAGACGUUCAAGUGCCUCACUCGUAACGCAUAUGCAGAUGCUACUGAUUGA